AUGGGCAGGGAUGUGCAGAGCCAGUCGGUGUGGAGGGGUGUGCCGGGCAAAUAUGUGUUUUUGGUUCUGUUACUUCAUUAUUCUCGAGUGAUGCCUGUGGUGGGCGGCAAGCGCUAUAUCACCUCGACAGCGGUGUUUCUAAACGAAGUUUUCAAACUAGCGAUCUGUCUCACAAUAGCUUUAUACGAAGUUUCGAAAUCCAUCCCUCCCUCGAUGCCCGCAACCUCUUUGUUCGGAUCGUUGACUGCCGCGAUAUUCACCGGCGAUAGCUGGAAGCUCGCUUUACCUGCUGCGUUGUACACAGUCUCCAAUUCUCUACAGUAUAUCGCGCUAUCUAACCUGGAAGCCGCACAAUUCCAAGUUACAUACCAGCUGCAGCUGGUUCUAGCCGCCAUCUUCGGAACGAUAUUGAUGCGCAAGUCUUUAUCGUAUGGGAAAUGGAUGGCCUUGCUUCUGCUGGUCGUGGGAGUCGCGUUGGUGCAGAUACCCCCGAUAGAUCCACAUGAACUGGAUCGUCGAACACAUACCUACCUUCCUAGAAGGCUGUCAGACUUGCAACGGCUUGGGCUCACCACUGGGCCAGUGUUGAGAAAGCGGUCCGCUACAUAUGAAGGCAUUCAAGACGAUAUGCUCCAGGGACACCCUCCUUUUAACGCUCGCACAGGUCUCCUCGCUACCUUGGGCGCAUGUUUUGCCUCUGCGCUGGGCGGCGUGUCCUUUGAGAAAGUUCUGAAAGAGAGCACCUUUUCUACCUCGAUGUGGAUCCGAAAUGUACAAUUGGCCAUAUAUUCCAUUUUCCCAGCCCUGUUUAUUGGAGUCAUCUUCCUCGACGGCGAGCAGGUUGCUAAACAGGGCUUUUUUCACGGGUAUAGCUGGAUUGUAUGGGCCGUUAUCGGCGCUCAAGCAGUUGGGGGCAUUGCAACUUCAUUCUGUAUCAACCAUUCAGAGUUUGGCUUGAUGCAGGCUGCAGGUUCCUCCUCCUCUUCCAAACCCGAACUCCGCCCGCGUCCUCCCCCAAUCCGAAUCCAAAACUUCGAGAAAGCGAAAACCUCCCCAGACCCGAAUGGAUCGGAGCAGCCUCUGGUCACUCCAUUGAAUGACUUUUCCAUCAAACUGCCAACCACGCCGCUAAUUUCGGAUGCAUCAGCUCUUACUACUUCCCGUCCGACAUCGCCUUCUGCUACUCGACACCAUUCUAGAGUCCAUUCCUCACGCGGGUAUUUCGGUAGACAGCAGCCAGAGAAUUGA